UUGACGACAGUGUUACCUUGGAGAGCAAACAGAGUGCUCGCAUCUUGCUUCGCUCCAAUCUUUUGCCAUGACGGCACUCUUUGCCUGUUUCCUCACCUUUUGCCUGGCUGGAACGAGUGCGGAUGAGAUCCCCCAGGCACUUGAUGCUGAUGAUCAGUGUGCUUCGCCAGGCUGGCGGUGAAUGCCCUUCAGCGCCAUGUGAGGGGCUCGGAGGAGGAGCUGAUGGAAUGGCACGAGGACUACUAUGGACACAAGCCGCGCUCAGACAUCUCGGUUUCCAACUACAAGAGCCUCAUGAAAAACAUCAGUGUUCAGCAGAACGCUAUCAUGGCUCUCUGGAAUCGAAGUCUUGAGCUCGAGGUAGAAGUUCAAGAACAGGUGAAGCAGGUCGAGCACGACUCAGGCCUAAAAGUCCAGGACUACGUUGAACUGGUGCAAGAUGUUGAUAUGUCCUCACGAGAGCACCACGCCAAAGGGGAUCAGCAGCCAAGAGAAAAAAUGGUAAAGAAGUGGAUAAGCUACAUGGAUCAGGAGAUGGGCAUGGUCUUCAAGAAAUUGAACGCGAACGGCCAGCUGGUGGCUGCCUGCGGAACACUUAUGAGCAAGAACCCGGUUCCAUUGAAACUGCAGAAGCAGACCUUUGACUCCUUGGCUCAGACGGAACCUACGGAACCUACGGAACCUACGAUGCCGGGCGAUCACAUCGGCAUCGGAGACGAGCUUUGGAGGAGUGUCACGGAAACAGUCACCAAUAUCCAUACGGCUCAAAAGUCAGCCGCCGACCUCGAGGACCACAUCAAAAAGAUCAACAAGAUGCUUGUUGACUUCAAUGAAGGAAAGCUCAUUCCGAAUGAAAACCCUGAUGGCCCUGGUAUGUGAGAUGCUGUUUACACCUGCGGUCAAUCGGAGUCAAAGUGCUCAGCCCGGAUAGCCUAUUGUUGGGCAUUCCUGGAAGUUGGUCACGGGUGGUCGGAGGCUAGAGCCAGCAAAGUCUGAAGAAGCAAAAGGAGAGCGAGCAUUGUUUGCAAA